AUCUUUCUCAUUCAACCCACUUCUUUGACACCAUUCAGACUAGCUAGCUAUAAACAGUAUUCAUAAAGAUGAAUUGGAGUACUUCAACAAGUGAUGGUAAUAGCAACAAGAAGUUUAAGGGAGUUAGACAAAGAAAAUGGGGGAAAUAUGUGUCGGAGAUUCGUGUUCCGGGGAGCCAAGAACGUUUAUGGUUGGGAACUUAUGCUACACCGGAAGCUGCUGCGGUUGCACACGAUGUGGCUGUUUAUUGUUUGAAGAGACCUUCUACGUUGGAGAAACUCAAUUUUCCUGAGAUUUUGUCUUGUUAUUGUAUCCAACAGAGAGAUGGUUUGAUGUCUCCGAGGUCUGUUCAAAAGGUUGCUUCGGAUGUUGCUAUGGAUGUUGAUGCUAGAAACAUUGCAACCCAAACAACAACAACAACUACUUUGGAUCAAUCUCAUCAUGUGCACAAUGUUGUUGCUGGUGGUGAUGACGUGUGUUGGUGGGAAGGUUUGGGUGAUGAUCAAGGAACGGCACAAGUUUCUAGCCAACAAGAAGGCUUGAGCAUUUCCAUUGAAGAUUAUCUAUAGCUUUUGAUUUACUAUUUAAUUAGUGUUUUUGUAUGAAAAAGAAGAGGGGGAAAACAUGUUCAAACAAAGAAAUUGACCAAUUCUAUACUUGGAUACCAUUUUUGUGUUUAUUGUUUGGUAAACAAACCACUAAACUGAAUUGAGAGUGUUUAAAAAAGGAAAGAUAUAAACAUGGAAAUUGACAAUAGCAAUUUUCCAUUUGCAGAAA